CACACAUGCACACACACGCUCACGGGAAAACAUUAAGGCACUGCUGAGAGCACAUACGCCUAUUAUUUUACAUUAGAUUUUACAUUAACAGUUGGUGUUUCAAAAACUCAAUCAAGUUUGCAUUGAUUACAGGUAGAAGACAAAAGCCUACGGUAAAUAAGUCUGGACUGAAAGCUUUCAGACCGUUCUAUGAUGGUCGUGUCCGCUAGAGGCCACUGUUGUUCUUUAAGAUGCACUUGAGAUGCUCUGGGAAGUAAUUAAUUAUGUAGCUCUCAGGCCAACUUAUAAUGAUUUCUUUCUGCCUGUGUCUAUCUGUCUUUAUUGAUUUCUCUUUCUCUACCUCUCUCUCUUUCUCUCUCGGACACGCAAGCACUCUUCCACUCACCUCAACAGACAAAGGCACACAAGUGCGCAUAAUUUCCGUCUUUUCUGGUCUGAGUUUAUUAAAAUGGACCUCAGUAUGGGACACGGGAGCGCGCAGACGGCUGAAGAAAAGGGCUGUCGGGAGCGCGUCUUACCGUAAAGUUAUCGGUCAAAUAGGUUGGGGUCCAUCUGCGCGCACUCACCUGGCAGGACCUUUCAUGAGUUCGAGUAGGUCGGAACUGGAGAGGUCCUCGCGCGCCGGCCAUGACGCACUGGAUCAGUGUUUUCCUCGCGCUCGGAAUCCUGGAACGGGCCAAUGGGAGACAUCCCACGUGCCACUUCUACUCUGAGGUGAAGGGGGCGGAGCUGGAGUGUCAGGAUCAGCUGGGGCGACACACCCUCGAGACUGCAGGCUGCCAGGGGGAGUGGAGCAGCAUACUGUGCUGGGAGUCUGCUCCAGUAGGAGAGGUGGUCACCCUCUUCUGUCCUGCAGCGGUGGUUCAUCUGUUUGGACUGAACGGGACCCUCAGUAGGAACUGUACGGAGGCCGGCUGGUCGGGCAUCUACCCCAGCAUGACCACAGUCUGCAUGUCCAACGAUUCCAAACCAGACAAGCUGGUGUUCUACAUGGUGGUGAAGACUCUGUAUACCCUGGGUCACAGUCUCUCCCUCAUCGCUCUCAUCACCAGCACCACCAUCCUCUGUGUCUUCAGGAGACUCCACUGCACCAGGAACUACAUCCACCUCAAUCUGUUUGGGUCGUUCAUCUUGAGAGCCGUGGCUGUGCUGAUAAAAGAUGCCAUCCUCUUCUCUCCCAGCGAGCACACAGACUGCAGCCUGCAGCCGUCGCUGGUGGGCUGCAAGAUCAGUGUGGUGUUUUUUAACUACUUUGUCAUGGCCAACUUCUUCUGGCUGCUGGUGGAGGGGCUGUACCUUCACACCCUGCUCCUGGUCAUCUCCCGCAACACCCCCCUCACUGGCUACAUGCUCAUAGGCUGGGGGUUGCCAUUAGUUUUUGUGGCAGUGUGGAUAAUCUGUAGGGUGUAUCUGGAGGAUACUGGGUGCUGGGAGAGAAAUGAAUCCCUCAUUCCCAAUAGACUCCUUAACUGGCCGAUCAUGGCUUCUGUCAUACUGAACUUCUUCCUGUUCAUCAGUGUGAUCCGUAUCCUCAUUCAGAAACUCAACAGCUCAGAUGUGGGAGGAAACAACCAACCACAAUCACAAUACAGGCGCCUGGUGAAGUCAACCCUGUUGUUGAUUCCCCUGUUUGGGGUGAACUAUGUGGUGUUUGUGUAUCUGGUGGAGGUGGACGAUGCCAGCAUGGAGGAUUAUAAGAUCCUGUUUGACCUGGGGCCUGGCUCCUUCCUGGGUUUUGUGGUAGCUAUUCUUUACUGCUUCCUCAACACUGAGGUCCAAGGGGAGCUGAGGAGGACGUGGAGGAGUGUGUCUCUAAAGCGCUACGUGGGGAGGGAGUACCGGCUACACACCCCUUCUACCACCCUCAACGGGACCGACGGCCCCGCUCACUUCCCCCGCAACGCCAGAGCCCAAUCCAUCCUGCAGACGGAGACCACCAUGCUGUGAUUGGACGCUCGGCGAUCGGGGACGUCACAUGGCGUAUCCCGACACCAGGAACUGCUGCGUUCAUGAGCGACGGUGCUUCCUGAGGAGUCUGGCGAUAUCGCGGGUCGAGCUUCUUCUUCGUUUAAUCCGGUGACCCAUGUGACUACAGGAAGAGACCCAGUCUUCAUGUCUGAGACGGCGGGAUUUCCGAGGACGUUUUGGCCUCAUUUCAAAUGGGCUGUCGUGUCAUGUGGGUUAAACAAGACUGGACUUCUAGCCUUCCAUACACCCAGCGUACACAUUUACAUUUAGUCAUUUAGCAGACGCUCUUAUCCAGAGCGACUUACAGUAAGUACAGGGACAUUCCCCCCGAGGCAAGUAGGGUGAAGUGUCUUGCCCAAGGACACAACGUCAUUUGGCAACCUUCCGCUUACCUAACCGCUCAGCCACCUGACUCCCAGUGCCUGGACCGCCAUGUCACAUGGUCAUGGACCAGGUGCCAUGAUCACACACGUUUAGAUCCCGUGCUGUUGCCAUGUUCUGUGUCGUGUUCUGUGGUCCAUGCUGUUCGUUUUGGGGUUGGGUAGAGGUAGGGGUAGGGGUAGGGGUUGGUG